GCGCACUUCCGCCUCGAGCCGGAAGCUCUGUGGCUCACACCGCGGGUUCCUGCGCGUGGGGAAUUGUAGAGUUUGCGUGGCGGGAACGCGGCGGCAGUGAGAGCGAGUGGCGCCGGCCGUUGCGUCCGGUGCGGCGAUGCUGACCCCGGCGUUCGACCUCAGCCAGGAUCCAGACUUCCUGACCAUCGCCAUCCGCGUGCCCUACGCCCGGGUCUCCGAGUUCGAGGUCUACUUCGAGGGGUCCGACUUCAAGUUCUACGCCAAGCCCUACUUUCUCAGAUUAACCCUUCCUGGAAGAAUAGUAGAAAAUGGAAGCGAGCAAGGGUCCUAUGAUGCAGAUAAAGGAAUUUUUACCAUUCGCCUGCCCAAAGAAACCCCUGGCCAGCAUUUUGAGGGGCUGAACAUGUUAACUGCUCUUCUGGCACCAAGAAAAUCCAGGACAGCAAAACCACUUGUGGAAGAAAUAGAUGCUUCUGAGAUUCCUGAGGAAGUAGUUGACGAUGAAGAAUUUGAUUGGGAAAUUGAGCAGACACCCUAUGAAGAGGUAUCAGAAAGUGCUUUGAAUCCGCAGUGCCACUAUGGAUUUGGAAACUUAAGAACAGGAGUGUUUCAGCGGUUACAGGAUGAAUUGAAUGAUGUUAUUGAUGUUAAGAAUCCAGAUUCCACCCCUGCAGCUGAACGAAGACAGAAGCGCCUGGCUGCUGAGCUGGCCAAGUUUGAUCCUGAUCAUUAUCUAGCUGACUUUUUUGAAGACGAGGCGAUUGAACAGAUUUUGAAAUAUAAUCCUUGGUGGACUGACAAAUAUUCAAAAAUGAAGGCCUUUUUGGAAAAGAGUCAGGAGGAAGAAAAUCAUGCUGCAUUAGUGUCUUUUUCUGAAGAAGAGAAAUAUCAGCUACGAAAAUUUGUCAAUAAAUCUUAUCUGCUGGACAAGAAAGCCUGUCGUCAAGUGUACUACAGUUUGAUUGAUAUCCUUCUGGCAUAUUGCUAUGAAACCCGUGUCACUGAAGGAGAGAAGAAUGUUGAAUCUGCAUGGAAUAUCAGGAAACUGAGUCCAACACUGUGCUGGUUUGAGACUUGGACUAAUGUUCAUGAUAUCAUGGUGUCUUUUGGAAGAAGGGUGCUGUGUUACCCACUCUAUCGCCAUUUCAAACUGGUGAUGAAGGCCUGCAGCGACACUAUAAAGAUAUUGCAACUAGGUAAAAGUGCAGUUUUAAAGUGUCUCUUGGAUAUUCACAAAAUUUUUCAGGAAAACGACCCAGCAUACAUACUGAAUGAUCUCUACAUCUCAGACUACUGUGUAUGGAUUCAGAAAGUCAAAUCCAAAAAGUUGGCAGCUCUUGCAGAAGCCUUAAAGGAAGUCUCCCUUACAAAGGCCCAGCUGGGGUUAGAACUGGAAGAACUAGAAGCAGCAGCACUGCUUGUCCAGGAGGAGGAAACUGCAUUAAAAGCAGCCCAUUCAGUUUCUGGGCAGCAGACACUUUGCUCCAGCUCUGAGGCAAGUGAUUCGGAGGACUCAGACAGCACCGUGUCAUCUGGAAACGAAGACUCAGACUCAGAUUCAGAACAAGAUGAACUCAAAGAUAGUCCUUCUGAGACAGUCAAUUCUUUGCAAGGUCCCUUUCUUGAAGAAAGCAGUUCCCUUCUUAUUGUUGAUGGUGGAGUAUGCAGAAACACAGCCAUCCAGGAGUCUGAUGCCAGUCAGGGAAAGCCACUUGCCUCUUCUCAGCCUCUUGGAGUGUCUGGACCUCUGAUAGAGGAGCUUGGGGAACAACUGAAGACCACAGUUCAGGUUUCUGAACCCAAGGGCACCACUGCUGUAAAUCACAGCAAUAUGCAGGAGAGAGACGGCUGUCAGACACCAAAUGAUUGACUCUUAGGUGGUUUUAUUUGUUGUUGAGAAAUACGGUAGAUUUGGUUUCAUUUACCGAAUGAGAAUUCCUCAUUUUCACUUUGUAGUUUUUCUUAGUGUAUAGACAGCCUGCUGUAUUUGUAUCCAUAUCUGUGGAUUCAACCAACUGCAGAUCAAAAAUAUUUAAGAAAAAAUUGCAUCUGUACCAAACAUGCAGACUUUUUUCUUGUUAUUAUUCUCUAAUACAGUAUAACAACUAUUUCCACAGCAUUUACAUUGUAUGGGGUCAUAUAAGGAAUCUAGUGAUGAUCUGAAGAGUACAGGAGGAUGUGGGUAGGUUAUAUGCAAAUACUGCACCAUUUUUUAUCAGGGACUUGAGCAUCUGAUGAUUUUGGUAUCCUCAGGAGUCCCGGAACCAAGCCCCCACAGAUACGGGGACAACUUUAUGACUUUUUUUUUCAAUCAGUGAAUGUGUAUACCUUUUGUUUUCCUUGCUGUGACUGUGAAGAUAAAAUUCAAAAGUAUUUUUACCGAAGUAUAGCUAAUAUUUCAAGCUGAAAAUAAUAGUUCUACUGCCAGUGUCUCCAGAAUGUAGAGCCCAUCAAUAUUUUUAUUUGAGGAGGUGUACUUGACACCCGAUAAACUGCACGUAUCGAAAGUGUACAGUGUGUUGGCAUAUGUGUACCCCACGUAAAACUGUCACCGCGAUUGAAGUGAAGAACGGACCCAUCAUCCCCAAGUGCUCUUGGGCCCCGUUAUUAGUUUGCAUGUCCUAGAAUUCUAUGUAAAUUGACUCAUACAAUAUGUAUCCCUUUUUUGGUCAGGCUUAUUUUACUCGGUCUAGUUAUUUUGAGAUUCAUCCAUGUGGUAGCAUGUGUCAAGAGUUUUUGUUUUUCAUUGCUGAGUACUACUUCAUUGAAUAGAUCUGUUCAUUGACCUAUCGAUGGACGCCUCGCUUGUUUCCAUUUUGGGGCUGUUAUAAAUAAAGCUGUUAUGAACAUUUGUAUACAA